AUGUCUGGACGCGGUAAAGGUGGCAAAGGACUCGGCAAAGGUGGUGCUAAACGCCAUCGUAAAGUACUUCGUGACAACAUCCAAGGAAUUACGAAGCCAGCAAUUCGACGUCUAGCCAGGCGUGGUGGAGUGAAGCGUAUUUCUGGUCUGAUCUACGAAGAGACACGUGGUGUACUGAAAGUAUUCUUGGAAAAUGUUAUUCGUGAUGCUGUCACCUAUUGUGAACAUGCAAAACGAAAGACUGUCACUGCCAUGGAUGUUGUUUAUGCUCUGAAACGUCAGGGACGUACUCUUUACGGUUUCGGAGGCUAA